UUUCGUUAAGGUUUCGUUCAGCCACAAGCGACAAACGCGCGUAAUCAUUGUGUAAAGUGCGAUUGAUAAUUCAAGUUUGUUCGUGAAUCGUUUCACAGUAAUCGUGCACCGCAAUCAAAAAUGGUAUUCGAGCCUCGUUCGAUCGUCAAUGGGUCGACGCUGAAACGAAAUGCUGGUCAGCCAGUUAGCAUUCACGUUCAUGUGGAACGAGCGGACAAGGAUGGACACAGCUUUACGGCUCAAACAACAGACGAUGUUUCUAUACAAGUUAACCUGAAUGAGCCGCUAACUGCUCCGCUAAGCGGCUGGGUCGAAGUCAUUGGAAUGGCUGGAUCAAAUAACAGUGUACGAUGCAAAGAGAUUAUCACUUAUAAAGCAAAACCUGAGGAUCAAGAGUUUGAUGUUGAGGGACACAAUAUGUUGUGCAUGUUUCUUGCCAAUUGCCGAGACGUGUAUCGCUUGGGAUAAAAUCUUUUUAAGUAAGCCAUAAGUAUAACAUUUUUGUGUUUUUUCUUUUCUCAAACAAUAUAUUGAUUUUCAAACACUCA